AUGUCGCGUACAUGGUGCCCUGCAUUGACCGCGGAUUCAUCUUUGCAGUUUGAUACAAAACACCUACGAAGGAAAUCUGGUCAGGAUGGCUGCCACGCAUUAUUAUCUUCCAUGGGACGCACAAAGGAGACUGCUGCUGUUGCGGCUGAAUGUGACGCUUCCGUGAAGGAAUUGUCAACUGACUUAACAGAACGUGUGAACUCCUCUAUUUCCAAGUUCAGCGCAUACGUCGUUGCCUCGAGGACCAAUAUGGCUCAGUGGCCGAGCUUUGCGGAUCCUUCCGUAGUCGCCUUUUGUGAGGCAGCGAUUCCGCUUAUUGCUCAAACAGAGGAUGAGGCUGAGGCUAUAGAAUCAAACGAAAUGCCUGUGACUGCGUACCAUCUUUCACACAUUUUGAAAAUGCAAUUGGAAUUAGAGAGACUUCCUGACGUAAAGCUGCCAUCUGAUCAGGUGGUGGAUUUCAUUGCCCAUGUUAUGCGCUUGGAGGCCCAACGGAAAAACAGCAGUAUAUCGGAGAGCAUGCGACGGGUGACACUGAUGCCUUCACCCUCGGCUAAAGUUUUUCUCGCUGGUGUGAUCGAAGCGUUGAAUAUUAACCGUCGUAUGAUGCAACAGCUACGCUUUCUUGCUCUUGCGGGGGAGUUUGAAGAGAGCACGGAGGAAACGGUGCUUCAGGAGUUCCUGCAAGCAACCCAGCGUCUUGUUACAUUAGAGGUCCCAUACACGGCACUCAGUCAUGUGUCAGGGAUUUUAAUACCAUUGCUCAAGGAUUCCAUGAUAAGGGUGGUGAAUAUGGAAGGUAAUGACCUGGGGCUCUCGUCCAAUGAGGCGGAUGUCAUUCCUCUUCUUGCAGAAUACAUAAAGGAAAACAAGUUUCUUCUUAAACUAAAUCUCAGCUACAACAACAUCUCUGGGACGAGCGCUGUUUUGUUGUUGGAGGCCCUUGCCACCUCCGAUACAAGGUUCACACCGCAGUAUCUUCCAGAAAGUGAGAACGAUGGAAAGGAUGAGGAAGCGGAGGACGGUGUUUUGAACGACAUUGGUUUUUUUCUUCCCCACCUGCACGAGGAAGAGGAAGAGGAAGAGGAAGAAGAAGAAGAAGAAGAAGAAGAAGCGGUGAAUUUGGCUCAAGCAAAGAACCUGGGGAAGAGCAAGAAGAAGCGAUCGGCCGAAGAAGAAGAGGAGGAGGAAGAAGGGGAAGAGGAAGAAGAGGAAGAAGAAGAAGACGAGGAACUGCAGCAGAGCCAAGAUAGCGAUGACGACGAGGAGGGGGAAGAGGGAGAGGAGGAUGAAGAAGAGAAGUAUAAACUCCCCCCUCAUCUUGUAAAGAAGUUCGCACGGAUUUUUCGAAGGCUGUUGCGCGAUGAAAGGGAGGCGCGUGUCGAUUUUGUGGGUGAAUACAUGAAUGAGGCUGGUGAACUGGUGAAGGAGCUUGACGCCAUUCAGGCGGAAAUCGCAGAAGAAAAGCGCAUCAGGAUUGAGAAAUACUGCCAGCGACGUAGCGGAUGGUCACAUCUGCAAGUACUUCGGCUGCGGGGCAAUCCGAUUGGGAAUAAAGGGGCGACGGGCGUAGCUGCGGUGCUCCGGCAUGAGGUGCAACUGGAAGACGAGGAGAUUGAGCGUAUUCAGACCGAGCUUUCUGACGGGGCGGACAAACUACUUAGCGAGCUGUUGUCAAACCGGAGAAAUUGUGUUGUAGAGGAAGUGAGUAAGCGACGACAGCUAAUAAAUGAACACCGCUCCGCCUGGUCCCUAAUGAAGGCAGCACGGGCUGAGAAGGCACGCACAGAAAAGCGUUCGAGUGUCGUCUUUCCAGCUGUAAAGACUUCUUCACGCUCCGUAACAGGCGUGACCGUGGUCGGCGAUGAUGAGGAUGUUGAUGAUGAAGAGGCUUUGGAAAAUUCCAUGGACGAGGAUGGUGAGGAUUCUCGAAAGACCGCGAUGGUGCGUUCAACAACGGACGUUGGUUUCGUCGACGAUGUCGAAGAAUUUGCAGAGGAGGAGGAGGUGACAGAGUUGGAAGAGGCGCGUGGUAAUUGGGAGACGCCGUUCCCUCGUACGAAGCGCGGUCUUCAGUCUCUUCGUUUACUUGAUCUUUGCAGCUGCCAAAUUGGAAGUGCGGGACUCAAGCGUAUCGGUGAUGCUCUUCGGGAAAAUGAGUCCUUAGAGGUUUUAUUGCUGCGACAUAAUCACUUUGCUAGGAAGCGUGUUGCGCUUCUUGCCACCGAGGAGGAUGCGGAAGAAGAGGCGGGGUCAACGACACGUGUGGAUGUUCCGCACUAUGUUUCUCCCGGGUGCCUCUCACUCUUUGGAACGCUCACAACAAAUUCGACGCUUAAGACACUCGAUCUCGCAUACAACAACAUGUACCCGGAAAGCAUCCGUGCACUAGCAAGGGCCUUGAGUUCCAACACGACACUCAGUUCCCUGUCAUUGGAGGGAAAUUGUAUGGGCUUCAAUGAAUCCCCGUAUCAAAUGGACCCCGCUGUAAUCAAAGCGACGGGAUAUCCGGUGGAUGCCGCCAUUUUUUCCAGAUCUUCAUGUUUUCUGGAGUUGCUGAAGGCACUUUUAGGGAGUGGUGUCACAACUCUGCUUCUAGGUUACAAUGAUCUGGCUCAGUGCUGGUUUGCUGAGGAGAUUGAGUGGUUGACGAGACUCUGCUGCCGACUGCAUGUCCUAUACUUAAAUGGAAAUGGCUUACUGUCAGAGCACCUCACACAAUGGGCCAAUGCUAUACAAACAGAUAUGAAAUUCACACUAAGGGAGUUGAAACUUUCAAGAAAUGAUCUACAGGGCGAGAGUGGAGGGGCAGCUUUGGGUCGCAUUCUUAGUCGAUGCCAAGAAAACUUGGAGAAUCUUGUCCUUGAUGAAACGCAACUUGGUUCCUCGGGUACGGUUUCUGCAUUUGCGUCAUUUGAAUCAUCUGCACUACGCUCACUGAGUCUUCAGAGGGUUGGAAUAACGUCAGCGCAUGUCCUUCCUUGUGCCGUACUGACUCCGCUUCGUCGUCUCAUUAUUUCGGACAACCCAUUUAGUUUGAGCGAGUUGCUUGACUUUAUGGAUGUAUUACGUGGCUCCGCAUCCGAAUUGAUGUGUUUGUCGAUAUGGAGUCGCGAGGUAAUGAUGGAAAAACAUCUUCCCGAACUGCAAUUAAAGGUUUGCCUGAUGCCAAGACUCUUGUUUGCCGAUUUUGGCAUCAUGAAGCGUUUUGACGACGUAGUGGAUGCCGAUGACCCGCUUGGUCAAAUAGAGGCUAUUUUUGUCCACCGACAUCUGUCACGAAUGGCUGAUGGUGUCUCGACUUGUAACACGCCAUGA